AUGCAAAUAGAUCGACCUCUGGCACUUUUGUUAAAUGGAUAUGGCUCCAGCCAACUCCCCCAGACACACUCUUAUACAAUAUUCAGCAUGCUAUACUAUAUAUACAAUUCCUCUAAUAUUAAUAUAUGUAAUAUAAAGAAAAAAAAAUUCGGGGACCUGUGCAGUGGCGCCACUUGUGCCACCCCAGGGCCGCCCCUGAUUUACAGCCAAGAUGAUUAUAAUCAUCAUGAGAUCAAGUCCUAUGCUCCGAAGUGCAGCUCCGCUCAGACGCUUCCAGGAUGUGCUCAACAUCCAAUUCACAAGCACUCCGUAAGGAUGGCUUAUCAUGAUGGGCUAACCAUCACAAAACCAAAAUUGGUUUGCGGUGCCAUUAAAAGACGUAGAGAAACUCCCUGA